AUGUCUUGGAACAGGACAAGUUACAUAAAAUACCCAGAAUAUAAACAAACAGCGAGCAUGCCAAGAGAUGAACUGGACGCUGUUGUUGCAAGACUUAGUGCGCCAAAACCAGACGACACGAAAAAAGCUAAUGAGGCGAAUGGAAAGUCACUAAGUAAGGAGCAAAUCAUUGAAAUGCUUGAGAGGCUCGCAAAUACUGAAAAGAACCGAGAAAAGACGCCUGAGAGACAGCGAAUCGGAGCUGCAAAAGUCAUGGGGAUUGUGAAUACCUAUGCUUGGAUAGACGGAAGACUGCUAAAGAGUCGUAUCACAAGAGCUGAUGGCAAUUGGUAUUGAGUGAAUGAAAAAAAGUGCCCCAUGGAUUUGAGUGGGUGCACCAAAAUUUGCCUGCCGCUGAGAGUUCAGUACAAGUAAUUUUGUGAGAAUCAUUGUAUUUUUUUUUCAUUAACAAUAGCUGUUAAGUAGCUGUGGUGUGCUUUACGAUUGCGUGAAACGAUAACUAUGACAAUACAGACAUGCCUCCAGGCAAAUGGUCGAAAAUUUUCAGUAGUACCUUUUUCAGUUGUAUUUUUCGAUUUGAUAUAGUUUCUGUUGGCAAGGCAAUGUUUAACCCUUUAACUCCUAUGAGUGACCAAGACAGAAUUUCUCCUUACAAUAUCAAUACAAUAUCAAGGAGAAAAGUGACGAGAAUGAAGAAAAAUAUAAGUUAGGGGAUUAUAAGUUGAUCCAACACCAAUUUCUCCAAACUAACAUCACAAGAACUGUAUGGCAGACAGUAAGAAGAAUUACCAGUGAGAUCUUGGGAGGUAAACGGUUAAAUAAGACUCCAUUACCUACUGAGUUUGCAUCAAACGUUCACUGAAAGAAUAAACAAGAAUUACAAAGAAUAUCAAAAUGAAUUGUUGGUCGUUGAUUUCCAAGAAGUUGUAUUAAUAACUUAGUGUUUCCACGAAUUAAUUGAAAACCAAUUCAUUAUUAAUAAAAAAUACAAGGAAGACUUCCUAAUUUCUUUAGAUCCUACUAAAAAUAUCAAAUGGAAACAACUUUCGUUUACCAUGGCAGAUUUAUCUGCUUCAAUUCUCUGAGUAUUCUUGUUACAAAACUAGUAACAUACCUGAAAAAGUUACGCGUGUCUCAUAGGCUCGAAGCGUAUUUUUACUUAACACGAGUGCAAAGUUGUAACACAAAUGCAAAGUUGUAACACGAGUGCAAAUUACAAAUAGUGCGCGCCGCCAAAAUUUCGUCCGUCUUGACUUUCUUUAAUGCGUUUUUCAUGUAAAUUAUUAACAAGUAACAACAUGAUUCCUCGUGCAAUUUGGUGUCGAUAGGCACUUUAAACUGCCUUUGAAAAUUUACUCGUGCUCAUUAACACCAAAUUGCACUCGAAAUCAUGCUGUUACCUUUACUCAAUGAAGACUUUUAAAUUUCCCGAUCCUAUACUCGUUUGUUUGUUUGUGUUAUGUGGUUAACCCUGGGUAUUACCGGCAAGGCCUCAGGUCAGGACAAGGGGUAUUUUUCUAGGGAUUCCAAUUACUUUUUCCAUGAGAUAGAGAUAGUGUAAUGAGCAGAUGGACCAAGAAGAGGACGUAAGGUGAAACCUAAUCACAAGAAUUGCCCAAAAUUUUGCCGUCAUAAAGCAAAUAGAAGUAGUAGUCUCAUUUGCAUGUCGGUAAUAUAUUAAGUAAAUCAACCGAGUAGGCACUGGGCACUAAUGAACGUUUCGUCGUAAUCAACUUCUAAGAGUUCUACUGAACAGGAAAGAAUUUGGCCUCUUAGUUGUGCAUUUCUGGAAUUUUCAAUCCCUUACGAUGCAGUUCUAAGCGCCUUUUAAGCGAUCAGGACAAUAUGGCUGCUUCUUCAUGGUAGAAUACGAAAAUUUACACACUUUCAUCAGAAGACGCAGUGCUAA